AUGAGACUUAUUGUUUUACUUGGAUUUCAUGUUGGAAUGCCAAAUGUUGGCAUAUUUACUCUUUUUAACACGCUCACUAUAUUAUCAACACCGGCUGAGAAUUACCCUUUUUGUACUAUAGAACCUAACGAGGCCCGAGUGUACAUUCCAGAUGAGCGGUUUGAAUCGCUUUGCCAAAUGUAUAAACUGAAAAGUGAGGUAGCAGCUUUUCUUGAAAUCCAUGAUAUUAUAUCUUCACUUGCUACUAUAGCCUUUAAUAUAAUCCAGUAUACGAAAUUUGUUUACUGUGGUUUUGAUGAUCCUGAAAUUACCCAAGUUGAUGACACUGUGGAUCCCGUGAGGGAUCUAGAGACUAUUCAAGAGUUACGGCUCAAGGUUCAUAGUUAG